AACAAAUUAUAAGAAAUAUUAAUUAAUUCGAGAAAAGGCAAAUUUUGGAAUAGAGAAAAAAAAAGAGAGAGAAGGGUAUAUAUGUAAAAUCGUACAAGCAGCCUAGCUUGCUCGCGGUUCGCACGUGCACACACCCACGCUUGUGUUUUAAAGCGACGAGUCUUCAUUACAAAACCUCUCUCUCCGAACUCCGUCACCGUCCCGUCACUGUCUCCGUUCCCGUCACCGUCCAAUUCUCUCUCAUUCCUCACCGUUCAUCUGUCCGAUCUCAUAUCGCCGCCGAUAAACCUCUCAUGGACGCCGUCAAUGGUACUCCCUCGCCGGCGUCAUCGCGUCCUGCUUCGUCGGUGCCGGCCCGUGAUGACUGCUGGAGCGAGGACGCUACCUUCACCCUCAUCGACGCCUGGGGCGGCCGCUACCUGGACCUCAACCGCGGAAACCUCCGUCAGAAGCACUGGCAAGAGGUCGCCGACGCCGUUAACGACAGUCACUUCUCCUCCGGCGGCGGCGUCUCCGGCGCCAGCAAGCCGCAGCCGUAUCGCACCGACGUGCAGUGUAAGAACCGGAUCGACACGCUGAAGAAGAAAUACAAGACCGAGAGGGCUAGGGUUUCGGAAUCCAAUGGUGGUCACAUCAGCCCAUGGCCUUUCUUCUCCGCUCUCGACAACCUUCUCCGGGAGAACUUCCCGGCGACCGGGACCCCUGAUUCGACCGAAAACAACCAUAGGCUGACGCUGCCGAUGUCGAUCACUCCAUUCCCGGUGGCUCCUAGAUCGGCGAUCCCGAGGCGUCCGUCGUCGGCUCCGGAGGUCAUCGAGGAACCGUCAAGCUACCGUGGGAAUCUCUCCGCAUUCGCUGCGGCGGCGGCGGCGGCGUGGCCGGCGUCGGAUGAUGAUUCGGAGGGAUCGAGGUCCAGAUCGAGCGGAGGUGGCAGGAAGCGCGGGAGGGAAGGGGAGAGGAAAGAGGGAUACAAGGAAGUGGCGAACGCCAUAGAGAGGCUUGGUCAGAUAUACGAGAGGGUGGAGGAGAAGAAACGGAGGGAAAUGGUGGAGCUGGAGAAGCAGAGAAUGAGAUUCGCCAAGGAAUUGGAGUGCCAUAGGAUGCAGCUCUUCACCGAGAUGCAGGUCCGUCUCCACGACCUCAAGCGAGCCGCCGGCUCUAAAGGCUCUUCUUCCUCCGUCGCAGCCUCCGCCGCGCUUGAUUUUGGGUUGAUGGAUUUCCCCAGUUACUUCUCAAGGUGAGUUUGGGAUGACGGGGGGAGACAGGCAGACAUGGCCGAAGACCAGACAUAACCAAGAAGGGGUAGUUUCUUUCUCCAUGGAACGAACAUCAUGUUUAAGUUGCACAUAUAGAGCCCAUCUCUCUCUCUCUCUCUCUCUCUCUCUUUAAAAAAAAAAAAGAAUAGUAUUGCCCCCCUGCUUGUUUUUUUUUUCCAAAAAAGUUUGGAUCUUUUCGUAAAUUGGCCCCUUUUUCCUUUAACCCUUUCGGUAGAUUCAGGUUCCGACCAAAGUUUGAGAGAAGCCCCCUCGUUAGGAGGAGUUGUGUGGUGUAUGUGUUGAUGUUACUUUCACAACAUGUCUGCCCUCUUUUCGGGCCUUCUUCCUUUGCCCAAAUCAUAAAAACCUCUGCCUACUUUCUUGA